AUGUCCCGUAAAUCGUUGUUCUUUAUUGUGCUAUUAUUCAAUUUUACAUUACGUGGUGAAGGCAAACCGAUUGAAAAUCAAUAUUUUCAGUCGAAUGUUACAAACCGUGGUUCAAAGACUCGAGGCGAGCCUUUAAUAGAAAACUUUAACCCUGAAAUUGUAAAAAAUGAAUACUCGAGUGAGAAAACAACAACCCAUAAUAAUUGUGUUGAAAAUUGUAACGAAAGAAAUUCUAAAUCCUUAAGUGAAAGUAAUCAAAUAUGCCCUUAUGAGGAUAAAGAGUUAUGUCUAAUUUUUUCUUUGUCGAAGAUUGCCAAAGUUCAAGUGGCUUCGUCGAAUAAAGCUUCGACCCAUCACAUCUCGAGAUCGAAUAAUUUUGACGUUGAGCCAAAAGAUACGAGGAAUUUAAAAAUUAACAAGGAAACGAAAUUGCAAAAGGAAUUCGAUUUUGGGAAUGAAGAGAGAUACAGGGAAGAUUUGCAGGAUUUUUCAAAGGAACAGGGAAAGUCAUCGAUCGUUCACUGCAGAGCAAUCCGAGAUGUUUACAUACCAGAAGUGAAACGGAACCUACCAGCUGUGGCGUGUAAAUUUGGGAACAAUACCUUCAUUUUAUCGAGCGAAAGAUUUCUUGAAGAUCGACGAUUAUAUCUCGAUAUAAGAAUCGACGAGGAUAUAUUUGAAAAUAUAAAAUAUGCGUCGAAAAUGUCCAGAACCAACGAAUCAAAUAUGAUAUCUGCGUUGCUCGUUUUAAACACGGCUAAUAACAAUUACAGGAUAGAAACGCAUAAAAUUGCGUCCGACGAGGAAGAAUUUAACGAGACAGAGGGAAAUCGAUAAAUUAUCGGACGAGUAUAAUUGCGUGGAAGAAUAUCCGGUGGUAAUUUUCAAUUAUCUUCUGGUAAUUAAAUAAUGAUCAUGUAUAAAUACGAUAAUUGUGUUUUUAGUCAAUAGUUGGAACGAAAAAAUAAACUACUUUUUAUAAAUGUAA